GCGGCUGCUGCCAGUGUGUGGCUCUGUCUCUCCUCCGCUUUGCCGAGCCCUCCCUUCUUCCUCUCAGUUCCUAGAGUCCGACCGCCGCCGCCGCGGAGAGAGAGGAGAAGGAGGGGGAGCGGCCACAGCAGGUCCUGUCUGGUGGUGAGUGGCUGUCAUGAUCUCGACAGCCCCGCUCUACAGCGGCGUGCACAACUGGACCAGUUCUGACCGGAUUCGCAUGUGUGGCAUCAACGAGGAGAGAAGAGCACCUCUUUCUGAUGAGGAGUCCACGACAGGUGACUGCCAGCGCUUUGGAUCUCAGGAGUUUUGUGUCAGCAGCAGUUUUUCCAAGGUGGAGCUCACAGCAGUUGGAAGUGGCAGCAAUGCCCGGGGGGCAGACCCAGAUGGCAAUGCAGCAGAAAAACUUGGGCACAAGUCAGAAGACAAGCCUGAUGACCCUCAGCCAAAAAUGGACUAUGCUGGGAGCGUGGCGGAGGCCGAGGGCCUGUUAGUGCCACUGAGCAGCCCCGGAGACGGGCUCAAGCUUCCCACUCCCGACAGCGCUGACGCUGCCAGCAGCAGGGCAGACUGCUCUUGGGCUCCCCUCAACACCCAAAUGAACAAACAAACAGACUGCUCAGCAGCUGGGGUGAAGGCUUUGGACUCUCGGCACGGUGUUGGGGAGAAGAAUACUUUCAUUUUGGCAACUCUGGGGACUGGAGUCCCUGUGGAGGGAACCCUGCCUCUGGUCCCCACUAACUUUAGUCCGCUGCCAGCCCCCAUUUGCCCCCCAGCUCCCAGUUCGGCUUCCGUCCCCCCAUCUGUUCCAGAUCCAUUCCAGGUUCCCCUCUCCGUCCCCACCCCUGUGCCCCACUCUGGGCUCGUUCCCGUCCAGGUCGCCACCUCGGUUCCAGCCCCAUCCCCCCCCUUAGCACCAGUCCCAGCUCUGGCUCAGGCGCCACCGUCAGUGCCCACGCUCAUCUCUGAUUCGAACCCACUUUCGGUUUCAGCCUCCGUCUUGGUGCCCGUACCAGCUUCUGCUCCCCCCUCAGGUCCAGUCCCCCUGUCGGCUUCAGCCCCUACCCCCCUCUCGGUCCCGGUGUCGGCUCCUCCCUUGGCUCUGAUCCAGGCCCCCGUGCCCCCAUCCGCCCCAACCCUGGUCCUCACACCUGUCCCCACUCCAGUUCUGGCUCCCAUGCCCGCGUCCACACCUCCGGCGGCUCCCGCCCCUCCGUCAGUGCCGAUGCCCGCCCCAACCCCAUCUUCUGGCCCACCUUCCACCCCCACCCUCAUCCCUGCCUUUGCUCCCACGCCGGUGCCCGCGCCCACCCCAGCCCCAAUCUUCACUCCGGCCCCCACACCUAUGCCGGCCGCCACACCGGCUGCCAUUCCCACCUCUGCACCCAUCCCAGCCUCCUUUAGUUUGAGCCGAGUAUGUUUUCCUGCAGCUCAGGCACCAGCUAUGCAAAAAGUACCCCUGUCCUUUCAGCCAGGGACAGUACUGACCCCGAGCCAGCCGCUGGUAUAUAUCCCACCUCCGAGCUGUGGACAGCCGCUCAGUAUGGCCACACUGCCAACCACCCUGGGAGUCUCCUCCACUCUCACACUCCCUGUCCUGCCUUCCUACCUUCAGGACAGGUGUCUCCCCGGUGUGCUGGCCUCCCCAGAGCUACGGUCUUACCCAUAUGCAUUUUCUGUUGCCCGGCCUCUGACUUCAGAUUCUAAGCUGGUCUCUCUAGAGGUGAACAGGCUUCCCUGUGCUUCCCCGUCCAGCAGCACCAGCACCCAGCCUGCACCUGAUGGGGUCCCCGGGCCUUUGGCAGAUACUUCCCUGUCUACUACUUCUGCCAAGGUGCUUUCAACCCCACAGCCUUUGCUGCCAGCCCCCAGUGUGAGCUCAGCCCCGCCACACCCUGCCAAGAUGCCAGGUGGUGCCGAGCAGCAAACAGAAGGGACUUCCGUCACCUUCUCUCCCCUCAAGUCACCUCCGCAGCUGGAGCGAGAGAUGGCGUCUCCACCUGAAUGCAGUGAGAUGCCCCUCGACCUCUCCUCCAAGUCCAACCGCCAGAAGCUUCCAUUGCCGAACCAACGCAAGACACCCCCCAUGCCCGUGUUGACCCCUGUGCACACCAGCAGCAAAGCCCUCCUCUCCACAGUCUUGUCUAGGUCUCAGCGCACAACCCAGGCUGCUGGUAGCAAUGUCACCUCAUGCCUGGGCUCCACUUCCUCUCCCUUCGUCAUCUUUCCCGACAUCGUGAGGAACGGGGACCCAAGCACCUGGGUGAAGAACUCAACUGCGCUGAUCAGCACCAUUCCUGGCACUUACGUGGGGGUGGCCAACCCAGUGCCCGCAUCCCUGCUGCUGAACAAAGACCCUAACCUGGGCCUCAGCCGAGACCCCCGCCAUCUCCCCAAGCAGGAGCCUAUCUCCAUCAUUGAUCAAGGAGAGCCCAAGAGCACUGGUGCCCCCUGUGGCAAGAAGGGUAGCCAGGCUGGGACUGAGGGACAGUCAAGCACAGUCAAACGUUACACCCCAGCCCGCAUCGCCCCUGGGCUACCGGGGUGCCAAACCAAGGAGCUCUCUCUGUGGAAGCCCACAGGGCCAGCAAAUAUUUACCCACGGUGUUCAGUUAACGGGAAACCCACCAGCACCCAGGUCCUGCCUGUUGGCUGGUCACCAUACCACCAAACGUCUCUGCUUUCCAUUGGCAUUUCCAGUGCUGGGCAGCUGACCCCCAGUCAGGGGGUGCCCAUCAGGCCCACCAGCGUUGUUUCUGAGUUUUCUGGUGUGCCAUCUCUCGGCCCCAGUGAAGCUGUGCAUGGACUUCCAGAGGGGCAGCCGCGGCCUGGGGGCCCCUUUGCUCCAGAGCAGGACACUGGCACAAAGAACAAAACUUGCCGGAUUGCUGCCAAGCCUUAUGAAGAACAAGUCAACCCUGUCCUCCUGACUCUCAGCCCUCAGACAGGGACCUUGGCACUGUCUGUCCAGCCUAACAGUGGGGACAUAAAAGUGAAUCAGGGGCCUGAGGAAUCAGAGAGCCACCUCUGCCCUGACAGCACUCCUAAGUUGGAAGGUCCCCAGGGAGCUUGUAGCCUGAAGCUGGCAGGAGACACGAAGCCUAAAAACCAAGUGCUGGCCACCUACAUGUCCCACGAGCUUGUCCUGGCCACCCCCCAGAACCUGCACAAGAUGCCCGAGCUGCCUUUGCUACCUCACGACAGCCGCCCCAAGGAGCUCAUCUUGGAUGUGGUCCCGAGCAGCAAGAGGGGCUCUGGCGCAGAGCUCUCACAGCUUGGAAGCCAGGUGGACCUGGGGCGGGUGAAAAUGGAGAAGGUGGACGGUGAUGUCGUCUUCAACUUAGCCACCUGCUUCCGUGCCGAUGGCCUCCCAGCAGCUCCCCAGAGGGGCCAGGCUGAAGUUCGGAAUAAGGCCGGGCAGGCUCGAGUGAAACAGGAAAGCGUGGGUGCCUUUGCCUGCAAGAACAAGUGGCAGCCAGACUCGGUGGUGCCCGAUGGGGCAACUGAAUCUCUGCCGCCCAAGAAGAUGAAGUUUGGCAAAGAGAAGGAUGCUGAGGAGCAGCAGCCACAAGCCAAGAUCAUAGUCCGGAGUUCCCAUGGACCCAAGUGCCGGAAGCCACCUAGUGACCCCCAGGAACCCACCAAGAAGAGCCCCAGGGGGGCUUCAGAUUCAGGAAAAGAGCACAAUAGAGUCAGGGUAAAGCACAAGCACCGGAAGCCAACAAAGCCGGAUUCCCAGUCUCCAGGAAAACGAGCUGAUGGCCACGAGGAAGGUUCCUUGGAGAAGAAAGCAAAGAGCAGUUUCCGUGACUUCAUCCCUGUGGUUCUGAGCACGCGGACGCGCAGUCAGUCUGGAAGCAUCUGUAGCUCCUUUGCUGGUAUGGCAGACAGUGACAUGGGAAGCCAGGAAGUCUUCCCCACAGAGGAGGAAGAAGAUGUGACCCCCACCCCAGCUAAGCGUCGAAAGGUGAGAAAGACCCAACGGGACACUCAGUAUCGCAGCCACCAUGCCCAGGACAAGACUCUCCUGAGCCAGGGCCGCCGGCACCUGUGGCGAGCCCGAGAAAUGCCCUGGAGGACAGAGGCUGCCCGGCAAAUGUGGGACACCAAUGAGGAGGAGGAGGAAGAUGAGGAGGAAGGCCUGGUGAAGAGGAAGAAGAGGAGACGACAAAAGAGCCGAAAAUAUCAGACUGGGGAGUACCUGACAGAGCAAGAAGAAGAGCAGCGGCGGAAAGGGAGAGCAGAUUUAAAGGCCCGCAAGCAGAAGACUUCCUCCCAAAGUUCGGAGCACCGCCUCAGAAACAGAAACCUUCUUUUGCCCAGCAAAGCCCAGGGGAUCUCGGAUUCACCAAAUGGUUUCCUCCCGAAUAAUCUGGAGGAGCCAGCCUGCCUUGAAAGUUCAGAAAAGCCAUCAGGAAAACGAAAGUGCAAGACCAAGCACAUGGCAAAUGUCUCAGAAGAGGCAAAGGGCAAAGGUCGUUGGAGCCAACAGAAGACGCGAUCUCCCAAAUCACCCACCCCAGUGAAACCCACCGAACCAUGCACACCCUCCAAGUCCCGAAGUGCCGGCCCAGAGGAGGCCUCCGAGUCACCUACAGCCCGGCAGAUCCCCCCAGAGGCACGUCGGCUCAUAGUGAACAAGAAUGCGGGCGAGACCCUCCUGCAGCGGGCAGCACGUCUUGGCUAUAAGGACGUUGUUCUCUACUGCCUUCAGAAAGAUAGUGAAGAUGUGAAUCACCGCGACAAUGCUGGCUACACAGCCCUGCACGAGGCCUGCUCCAGAGGCUGGACGGACAUCCUGAACAUCCUGCUGGAGCAUGGGGCCAAUGUGAACUGCAGCGCACAGGAUGGCACGAGGCCAGUUCAUGAUGCAGUGGUCAAUGACAACCUGGAGACCAUCUGGCUCUUGCUCUCUUAUGGGGCUGACCCCACACUGGCCACCUACUCGGGACAGACAGCCAUGAAGCUGGCCAGCAGCGACACCAUGAAGCGCUUUCUCAGUGAUCACCUCUCGGAUCUUCAGGGCCGGGCAGAGGGUGACCCUGGAGUGUCCUGGGAUUUCUACAGCAGCUCUGUGUUGGAAGAAAAAGAUGGCUUUGCCUGUGACCUCCUACAUAAUCCUCCUGGGAACUCUGAUCAAGAAGGAGAUGAUGUGGAAGAGGAUGACUUUAUGUUUGAGCUCUCAGACAAGCCUCUUCUCCCUUGCUACAACCUCCAAGUGUCAGUGUCCCGUGGGCCCUGCAACUGGUUCCUCUUUACCGACGUCCUGAAGAGGCUGAAGCUUUCCUCCAGGAUCUUUCAGGCUCGGUUCCCGCACUUUGAAAUUGCCACCUUGCCCAAGGCUGAGUUCUACCGGCAGGUGGCCUCCAGUCAGCUUCUGACCCCAGCUGAGAGGCCCGGAGGCAUGGACGACAGAUCCGCCCCAGGCUCCUCUGAGACUGUGGAGCUGGUGCGGUAUGAGCCAGAGCUACUUCGGCUCCUGGGGUCUGAGGUGGAGUUCCAGCCGUGGAACAGUUGACCGGGAAAACAGCCCCUCCCUUUUCUUCUUUCUCCUCCCAAAUUAACCCUUCCCCGCCUCCCAGGUCUUUCCCCCACCGAGCACCAGACUGCAGAAUGAGGCAAUAAUACGGACCAACAAGAAGCCGCCUUAUCAAUGCCAGCAUUAGUGACUGGAUUUUUUUUUUUCUGGUUAUUAUUAGUUCUCAUCUCCCUGUCAUCGUCAUUGUUGUGGUUGGUGAUGGGGGUGGAAAGCUGAAUUCCACAUCUGAGGGCAAGAGGUCCUGGGGAUGGUGGGAGGUGGCGCCAGGGUCCCUUGGGGUGGCCUCGGCCUGUCCAGAGGAGAAAUGAGAAAAGGCCAAAUCUCUGAGCGCCCCCUCCGUUCCCCUGUGUUCUUCUGUCUUCCAUAGUAUUUAUUUUAUUAGUAUUUAAUUUGUAUUGUUUCAUUGGUUUCUGAUAAGUCUGUAUCACUGUGACGAUUUGAGACAACUUGUUGUAUUGAGGGACUUUCUUCACCUCCUUUGUCUUUCUUGAUAAGCUCUGGAGCUGCCCCCUCCCUCUGACAAAGUUACUCCCAGGUUUGUUUUUACCCCAGUAGGGAAGGGGUCAGGUGGGGCGGGGGGGCCUGAGGACCCUGACUGAUGAAGGUGGCUGGUGCUGGCCCGGGGCUGGGGGGGUGAGGGUAAUCCUGAGGCUUUGGUGCUCCCCCCGCCAUUUUUCUGUUUUACCACCUGCCCUUCGCAGCAGCAGCCCUACUAUCUGGAGAUUAGUGUUUCUGGGGAGGGAUGGAUUGUGAAGGUGGGGAGCUAGUGAGUCACUGUACUUGGGGAGAGUUGAGAAUGGGCCUGAAAGCUAAGGUCGCCCCUCCUCCUCACACUUCCUUCACUGCUCCCCUCAGAGUGCACAACAUGGGCUUGAUCCUUGUGUCUCCCCCCCCCCCGCCCCCAGCCCCCCUACCCAUUCUGCCUUUGUCCCUUCUGGAUGCUGAGCCUCUCAGCUCCCAGCCCUUGCCCCUCACCUCUCCCCCUUCCCAGACUCAGCACCACCUUCGUCUCUCCUCCCUGCUUCUCCCUCUGCCCCCUAUUCUCCUUUGGAAUCUGCAGAGGGCUCUGGGAUUGAUGGCCAAUUGUGAGAUCCAGGUCUCAGCUAUUUCCUAGCUGAGGGCAGGAGGCUGGGCUCCAGCUGGGCUCCACCCGAGUUCCACUCCCACCUCGCCUCAGGACCUGGGGCUGAGUGUGGGGCCCCUGCCUGGCCGCCCUCCUGGCCUCCAGCGCUGGGUUUGUUUAGGGUGAGAGAGUGAGAGAGAGAGAGAGAGAGAGAGAGAGAGAGAGAGGAGCUCGGGCUGUUUCCCUGUCCCUGCCCCCUCUGUGGCAUUGUCUUUCCUACUCUUGUUCUUAUUUUUCUACCAAUUGCUAUUUUUUCCAAACAAUCCUUGUAGAGAGUAUGUACCAUCUAAAGGCAGGAGGGCCUCUCUAUGGCCGGCUCUGAUUGGAGAUGGUACAGUUUUAUUGUACAGGUGCUAAAACAACAACAACAAAAGAAGAAAAUGGAAAAAAAAGACAAAAAAAAGGCAAAAAAAAAAAAAAGCCAGUUUGAGGAUGGGACAAUCUGUUCUCUGGAGACUCCUGACCCAUGCAGGAGAUUGGUGGUUAUUUUCUUUGUAUUGUGUUUGUUCUUUGUUCCCAGGGGGAAGUUCUAGGCCCCCUUCUGUAGGACUGCUCCCCACCCCCACCAUACUGCCCAGUUGGUUUUGAACAGUUGUUCUCCCUUUUAAAACAAAAAACUAUAUAUAUAUAUACAUAUAUAUAUAUAUAUAUAUAUAAAGUUGAGGGGUUUGGGGUUUUAAUUUUUUGGUUUUGUGGGGGGUUCAUGGUAUUGUGUGGUUUAUUUUAUGUUUGCCUUUACCUUUUUGCAUUUGGGUGUGUAUUCUGGCUGCCCUUUAUGUUUCAUUUAAGCAACUGGCUGUGGAGUCAAAAACACUUGCAUACUGAAAACCUGCGUCAGGG